GGAAGAAGGAAGUUGGCGAAGGGCAGGGGCGAGGCGGCUACACCAUGGUGACCAUAGCCCUCGGCGUCUCCAAAUGUCAGCUGUCUGCUCCACCUCCGCAGGUGGAAGGUAGACUGCACGUCCCUUGCUCCCUGUUUGAAGCUCCUCCCUCGCAAAGCCCGUGGCUGCAGGUAUCGGCAGAUUUCAGGUCCUUUCCCUGCUGCUUGGAAUUUAUCCUUUUGUUUUGCCUGUUUAUUGUGCCUGUUCAAAUUUAAAGACAUGAGAGUGGACCUGGUGACAAUGGUGUUACUUCUAGGAGAGAUGUUAAGCAGUGCUGCAGGUUCUUGCUCUUCUGGAAAUGCAGACACUUGUGAAGACUGUCUGAAGCUCGGGCCGCAAUGUGGUUGGUGCUUUCAAGAGGACUUCAAUGGUGAUUUAAAUUCUGGAGGAAGGUGCGACACUCUCGACAAUCUUUUACGACGAGGAUGUUCUCUGGAAUUUGUGGAGUUCCCGGCUAGCACGUUCAUAUUAUAAGAAAUGAGACUUUAAGGCUGGAGCCGAGAAAAAGCGGGCGAGAGAAGGAUACAAAAUACUCCCCAAAAAACUUGUACUGAAUCUGCGACCAGGUAAUCAGGUGACAUUCACUGUGGAUGUGCGCCAGGCUGAAGAUUAUCCAGUUGACCUCUAUUAUCUAAUGGACCUUUCUGCCUCUAUGGUUGAUGAUGUGGCCACAAUUAAAGAACUGGGCUCCACUUUAUCCAAAGAGAUGGCCAAAUUAACCAGCAACUUCAAACUAGGCUUCGGAGCAUUCGUAGAAAAGCCAGCGUCUCCUUUUAUCAAAACAACUCCCGUUGAUUUAAUGAAUCCCUGCCGGGAUAUGUAUGAGCAUUGUUUGCCUGCUUUCGGUUAUAAGCACAUGCUUUCACUGACUGAAGACACCACAAAGUUUAAUGAAGUUGUUCGAAAUCAACAGAUAUCUGCAAAUGUGGAUACACCUGAAGGAGGGUUUGAUGCAAUAUUGCAAGCAUCUGUAUGUAAGGAAAAAAUUGGUUGGCGAAAUGAUUCCUUGCAUUUACUGGUAUUUGUGAGUGAUGCAGAUACACAUUUUGGAAUGGACAGCAAGUUGGCUGGUAUUGUCAUUCCUCAUGAUGGAAAAUGCCACUUGGACAGCCAGAACAUGUAUGCCAAGACAAGAACAAUGGAAUAUCCUUCACUUGGACAGCUAAUAGAAAAGUUGGUGGAAAAUGAUAUCCUGUUGAUUUUUGCUGUGACAGAUGAGCAGCUAAGUAUAUACAAGAAUUAUGCAAAACUUAUACCCGGUGCAACAGUAGAAAUUCUCGCAAGUGAUUCUAGAAAUAUCCUUCAGCUGAUUAUUAAGGCAUAUAAGGAGCUGCGAUCUGAAGUGGAACUGGAAGUUACUGGGGAUACUGAUGGAGUGCAGUUUUUAUUCACGGCUAUCUGCCAAAGUGGCACUGUCCUUCCUGGAGAGAAGAAAUGCUCUCAUCUCUAUAUCGGAGAGAAGGUUUCCUUCAAUGUGACUGUCGAGUUGGCUGAAUGUCUGAAGGAACCUAAGCAUAUUGUGAUAAAACCUUUAGGAUUCAGAGAUACUCUAGAGAUAGAAGUACGGUCUGCCUGCAGCUGCAGCUGCGAAACAAAUGCAGAGCACAAUAGUUCAAGAUGCAAUGGCAAUGGCUCUUUUCAGUGUGGUGUGUGCACUUGCAAUGCUGGACAAUUUGGUCCUCAUUGUGAAUGUGCAGAGGAAAGCAUAAAUUUUGGCAUCUGCAAGAAUGGUGCGGGGAACAUUUCCUGCAGUGGUCGAGGUGACUGCUACUGUGGGCAGUGUGCUUGCCAUCUAUCCGAGUUUGGGCAGAUAUAUGGUGCCUACUGUGAAUGCGAUAACUUUUCCUGUGUGCGAUUCAAAGGGCUUCUGUGUGGAGGGCAUGGAUCAUGUGAUUGUGGGGAAUGCCAUUGUGACCAAGGAUGGACGGGUGAAUACUGCAAUUGCACCACAAGCACAGACUUAUGUAUUUCCAAAGAUGGAGUCUUAUGUAGUGGGCAUGGAGAGUGCAUCUGUGGAAAAUGUGUUUGCUCACAUCCAGGGGCCUCUGGAGAUAAAUGUGAAAAAUGUCCAACUUGUUCUGACGUCUGCUCUUCAAAACGAAGCUGUGUUGAAUGUCACCUAUCUAAGGUGGAUGGAUCAGCAGAUGAAUGCCAAGAAAAAUGCCUGCUAGUUGAUUCCAUUGUCAAUCAAACAGCAGACUUUGAAGAAAACCAAGCUACCUAUUGUACUUUGAAAAGCAGCAAUGAUUGUACAAUGUCAUUUCGUUUAGUUAAAUAUGAAAAUGGAGGAUCACUUCUUUUUGACCUUGAACAAUCUGAAUGUCCCUUGCCACCAAAUGUUUUUAUGAUAGUUUUGGGAAUUUCUUUGGCUAUCCUUGUUGUUGGAUUGGUUAUUCUCAGUAUCUGGAAGAUGCUUAUAUCCAUUCAUGACCGCAAAGAAGUAGCCAAAUUUGAAGCAGAACGAGCAAAAGCUAAAUGGCAAACCGGCACAAAUCCACUUUACAGGGGUUCAAUUUCCACAUUCAAAAAUGUGACCUACAAACAUUACGGAAAAAAGGAAUUUACUACAAUUCAGAAUUAGUAGUUAACUUAUUGGAAAAUAGUAAGUUCUACAAUAGGCCAAAUAUAGCUUUUUAUUAUUUGUAUUGUCUAGAACAGCUACACUUUUGUUUUAGUUUUCUUGCCUGCAUACUCUGUGUAGCGAUCACAGUACCAUAUGUACAUUUUGAAUAUUUUAUGUAUAUUUUGGAGUGCUUGUGACGAUUGAGGUGUGAAAUCUAGGGGAUAGAAAUUCACCUUGUGUGAUAAUAGAUUGGCCAUUUAUUAUUCUCAGCACCUAACAUUCAGUUUGAAAAUAGUCAAUUGAACUCACUACUUGGUGGGGGUCAUAGUGGCCAAUUGAACUGACGCCAAUUAUUUUACAUCAUAUUUUACUAACUUUUUGGCUCCUCCCACUUUCUCCAAAUCAAAGGUGUAGCCAUGGGCAUUCACAUGGGCCCCAGUUAUGCCUAACUUUUUGUUGGCUGUGUGAAGCAGUACAUUCCAAACCUCCCCAGGCACCACUCCUCAACGUUUUCUCUGCUACAUUGAUGAUUGCAUUGGUGCCACUUCCUGUACCUUGACGUAACUUGGUGAUUUUACUUGUCAACUCAUCAAACUCGCUACCAACUUCCACCCCACCCUCAAAUUCAGUUGGUCCAUCUCCGACAUCUCUCUGCCCUUUCUUGAUCUCUCCAUCUGCAUCUCAGAAGACAUAUUAUCUACAACAAUCCCACUGACUCCCACACCUACUUUGAAUACACUUCCUCCCACCCUGUCACUUGUAAGGACACCAUUCCUUUUCCUCAGUUCCUCUAUCUCUGCUGCAUCUGUUCUCGAGAUGAGGCCUUCCACUGUAAGACAUCCGGGAUGUCCUCCUUUUUCAGAGAACUGGGCUCCCCCCCCCCCCCCCCCCACUGUUAUUGAUGGAGCCCUCACCAGCAUCUCCACUACUUCCUGCACUUGUGCCCUUACCCCAUCUUCCCAGGCAGAACAGGGAUAGAGUUACCCUGGUCCUCACCUAAUACCCUACCAGCCUAUGCUUCCAGCAUAUCAUUCUUUGCAACUUCCACCAGCUAUAAUGGGAUCCCACCACCAACCACUUUUUCCCCUCCCUUCCCCUUUCCACUUUCCGCAGGGACCACUCUCUCCAUGACUUCCUGGUCUGCUUAUCCCGCCCCACCC